ACAAGGAAACCAAGAAACAUGUCAUCUCUCGACCCGCCCGCACAAGCAUCACCACCGUCCGCACCGCCCCCCUCCUCGUCGUCGUCGUCGUCGCCGUCGUCGUCGGGGGAGGAGCCGAACCGGAACCAGAACCGGAACCCGAUCCUGCACAACGCGGCGCUGGCCAUGGCCAUCCUCUGCCCCGUGGCGCUGGUCCUGCCGACGCGCGGCGGGGGGCGGGCCAAGUCGACGCUGCAGAACGCCGUGCUGGGCGGCGGCGCCUUCUGGGGCGUCAACCAGCUGGCCGAGGACUACACGGGCAAGUCGAUCACGGCGCGGUCCGCGGAGCGGUGGGGCGCCCUGCUGGGGGUCUCGGUCGGCGGCGCGGGCGCGGGCGCGGGCGACGGCAGCGGUGGCAAUCACAAGGGGGACUCGAGUGAGAGCAGCAGCAGCAGCAGCAAGGUGGGGUUCAUGCACAACCUGCCGACGGAGCGGGCGGCGCGGAACAAGGAGCUGAUGGAGGCGGAGCGGCGGCGGAGGGCCGAGGCGGAAGGGAAGGAGUACGUACCCAAGAAGAAGGCGCCCGGGAGCCUGUGGGAGCGGCUGUGGAUGGGCGGCGAGGAGGAAGGGUGGAAGGAGAGGCGGCUGGAGGAGGAGCGCAGGGCGAUCGAGAGCGGCAAGGGCUACGGCGACCUGAUCGCGGACCAGGUGACGGAGGUCUGGCGGGGGAAGAGCGGUGCUGCUGAUGGGAAUGGGGGAAAGGACGGGAAGGGGAACAAGAAAGAAUAGAGAGUCUCUUUUUUUUUUUUUUUUUCUUCCCUUGACCGGCAGCGGCAUAGGGAGGGAGGGUAGACGAGUUGAAGUGAAACGAAAAAAGUAAAGGGGCGCGCAGCGUUGACAGGUAAGGCGAGGAGAUGAUGAACGAACUAAAUUACUGUUCGACGAGACUUGUAUGUAUAUUAGUAAACUACCUUAGAGGACCGAGGUUGUAUAACAUGAAUCAUCUUGCAUCUACUACAAUGCUCCAACCCUCAUCGUCUCUCUCCAGCAAUGCUUCUAGCAUGGCGGCGCGG